AAUCGCGAUAUAUUUCGGAACACGCAUUGUACGACCCUGUGCUGCUGCGCGCAUUGUACGUGCUACGGCCGACCGUUACUGGCUAGCGAGCUACGCUACAUAUAAACCGUUCGCUUGAGCAUAUCACACGUUUACGUUUGUACGAUUCCUCUUUUGCCUUUUCCUGUUCACCACUGCGCCCAGGUUAUAGGCCCAAGCUAGGCCAAGCCAGUAACGUAAAGAAGUGCCAAAGACUUUAAAAGACGCGUGUGCGUGUCGUUAAACCGAGUGUCGAGAAUCAGUGCGAAAGCUAACCUCUCCGGGCACGCGGUUGUACAUUGUUCACAAUGGCGACGUCGCAACCGUCCAUGCACAAUUUAUUGCUCGUCGAACAGCUAAAAGGCAGAGAAAACUAUCAGACUUGGAAAAUCAGCAUGCGAGCGAUCCUGGAAAUCGAAGAUCUGUGGGGAUGUGUCACAAGCCAGGCAGAGUACAUCGCGAACGCCAGCAAGGUCAGUCGUGCUCAAGUAAGAAUUAUACUCGGCGUAGAUCCGAUACAUUAUGUACAUGUGCAGGAUUUAACUACCGCUAAAGAAGUGUGGGAAAGUCUUCAGAAAGCGUUCGAAGACUCAGGUCUCACAAGAAGAGUCGGGUUGAUAAGAACAAUGACGACAACCAAACUCGCGGAUUGCGCGACAGUAGACGAGACUUCCCGACGAAUAUCGACCAAUGAUUAUGGCCCUGGAAAACUCAGGAAUGCGAAUCACAGCCGAUUCAGUAAAAACGAAGAUUUUGCAAGACGUAAAGAAUAAAGAAAGUACAGUAGCCCUUUAUACGAAGAAGGACAAAAAUAAGACGCGAUAUAAAGGCCCUCGAUGCUACAAGUGCAACGGACAUGGGCACAUAGCAAAGGAUUGUACGAGGAAGAUUAGUAGUUACGAUUCACAUGGUAAUAAGACCACGAAGACGAGUACAGGUACGCACAACGACAAGGUUGAGAAAAACAAGCAAGACAAGCCGAAAGAAGAAAAGACCUUCGCAGCGUUUUACACAUCGGACCAUUCAAACCUUACCACGUGGUACGUAGACUCGUGUGCAUCCACACAUGUUGUUUUUAAUGACAAGCAUUUUGAGAAAACUAGUGAUAGCACAGACAUUUUUAUUUCAACCGCAAGCGAUCGCAUGAAAGCUCAGGCUGUUGGUAAUACAAGAUUACAAGUGGUCACACCUUUGACUAUAUAAGUAUGGACUGCUAGCAGUCCCAUUUUUCCUACUUUUUCGUGUAUCCAACAUCUGUCGCGCUACAAGGUACCAAAUGGGA